AUUUCUCUCUAUAUGUAUGUCUCUGCGAAAUGAUUCACCAACACCUACCAAAAAAAAAACACAAACACCCCCAAACUUUUCUAAAUACAUUUAACAUGAAGAAGACAAAAGAGCUAAAACGUAUGUUUUGCUUCAUCAUCUUCUUCUCGUUCUUCUCCUUCAUCACAAACAACAUGGCCUUUCCUCUCUCUACAAAAUCUCAUUGGAUCAUCGACGAAAAAGGGCAAAGAGUGAAGCUGGCGUGUGUGAAUUGGCCAUCACAUUUGCAGCCUGUGGUGGCGGAAGGGCUGAGUAAGCAACGGGUAGAUGACUUGGCCAAGAAGAUACUUGAAAUGGGUUUCAAUUGUGUUAGAUUAACUUGGCCACUUGAUCUGGCUACUAAUGAGACAUUGGCUAAUAACGUUACUGUGAGACAAUCUUUUCAAAGGCUUGGUCUUACUGAUGACAUUUCUGGUUUCCAAACCAAGAACCCAUCCAUGAUUGAUCUUCCCCUCAUUGAAGCUUACAAGAAGGUGGUAGCUAAAUUGGGAGACAAAAAUGUGAUGGUGAUAUUAGACAACCAUGUGACCAAGCCAGGAUGGUGUUGUGGCUACGACGACGGCAACGGUUUCUUUGGCGACACUUUCUUUGACCCUCUAAAUUGGGAGACAAAAAUGUGA